AGCGUUAAUAAGGGACGAGGACGGCACGUUCUUAGGCACAAUAGGCUCUGUCCUAUCUCAGUCAGAAUGGGAAUGGAAUGGUGAUCCGAAUAGGGGAUUGGGGGACUACAGGAUACCGUUGGAGAUGCUGACCACCCUAACAGGAGAACGUAUCAACGUUAGUAGCAUCGCGCCACACAAAGGAAUAAUACGAACUGAUCAGUGUAUUUACCGAGCGGCUUGGCAAGCGUACGAGUGUCACGACCUCGACUACAAAAUGCUGAUAAUAGAGAGCCUUGACGCGGACACGGAGACCCGGCGGCUGUCACCUGUCGCUGUUCUCUGUGACGGGUAUCUGGACCUAAUAAAUGGACCCCAGGACCACAGUGGCUGUAGGAUAGGCAACUGUCGUAAACGGCUUUCUACGUUCAUGGCUAUUGUAGCUACAGGGAAGCAUUACCUACUUCAUUUUACAACUACAAGCCCACAGACGUUGCGAUUCUUCCUAUUGAACUCCAACGAUAACCAGGUCGUUACCUUAGGUAUAUGGUACUCUCAAUCCAACCGUCGAGAUGUGUAUGUGAAUGACGAACUAGUUCUAGCAAAGAACGCUAGAAUGGUUAAUGGUAAAUAUGUAGUCGAUCCGCCUUCAUAUCCAGGUGAAUUCGUUCCGGCUACAGACUCCAGUGAUGUCACCGGAACUAAUUUCUUCGACAGGGACUCAAAUAUUUUGUAUGUUUUAGUUAGAGGCAGCAGUCCAGUCAAAAUAGUAACAAAUCCGUCGUUUAUCGUCUCAUUUCAAAUACCAGCAUUGACAGCAGAGGAGUUCUACGGGGAAGCAUUAAUACAUAAUUUAGCUUUGUUUUUCGAUGUACCGCCGGAGAAAAUCAGGGUAGUUAAUGUUGUGAGGGAGUCUGGAAGAAGAAGAAGACGACGAAGAGAUGUAGCUGAGGAUAUGGAGAUUCAAUUUGAAAUCAGUGAUCCCCCAAAAACAGAUGGGAACGCUACAGAAAACGAAACAUUGACAACGGAAUCCUUGUUGAACAUAUCAUCAAAGUUUAUCAAUGAGGUGCAGGGAGGAAAGGACUUAAGUAAGGCACUCAAUGUGACUAUAAGCAGUAUUGCUGUGAGUGAACCGCUUCCUGAGGUACGUGAAGACGGGGAAUACAUAAUAGAAGACUCCGAUGGGAAACUGACAAUACCAAAGAGUAUGAACAUAACCAUACAGCCGUCUGCGUCAUACGAAACUGUACAAUUUCCUACACAACCCUCUCUGAAAGUGUAUGAUGAGCAGGAUCAACCGAUGACAAAGUUGGGCAGUAUUGGCGACCCUUGGCAGAUGACUGCAUAUCUGAUAUCCGGCGCUAACCUAUCUGCCACACUACAUGGUACUACAACCGUAGAUGUGGUUGGAGGAUGGGCGAAUUUCACCGACCUUACCGUAUCCCAUUACGGGAACGACUUCUGUCUUCACUUUAAUAAGACUUACCCAAUUAACGAAAAACAUUUAUCUACUCAAUCAGACACCUUUUCUGUUGCGAAGUUAGAGGUCGCUUUGAGUAAUAAUAUAUCUACAGAACCCUUAGUUAUGAACAACGCUACCGAAAUGAGGAUUAAUUUGAUAGACAACACCACAAGACAUCGAAUCAGCGACAUAGCAUGGAGGGGCCAUAAUUGGACAGCAACAGUCAGUCUCGUGAAUGCGUCGGAUACUACGGGGAACAUGUCAGGGUCUCUCCAGGCGAUAUUUGAUCCCGACACUGGUGAAGCUGUGUUUGAUUCAUUGACAUUCGAUCAGAUUGGCUUAUACUUUUUGACAUUUCAUGUAACUUCUUCCCCAGAAGAGUAUGAUAUUAACGACAAUGUCCAGGUCCAGGUAGUUAAUGAAAAGCAGUUUGCCCUACUCAACGACAACACAACGAUCGUCACCAAUAUAACCGUAACGUUUGAGGAAAAUUACCAGCAGAUUGUGGGGGAUAACGAGGCCAGUUUCGGAGCCAUGAUCGCUAAUAUAUUUGCACAACAAAAUCCUGAUGUACUGUUGUAUCUCGUAUCAGUUAAGGAAGGGAGCAUAGUAGUCAGACUAGCGAUGAGAAGUCAAGCAGGCGAUAUCAACAGUACCGUGGAAUCAAUCUAUGAAAUAGUGAAAUCCGGCAACUUUAAUUUCAAUGGCGUAAACCUGAAAUCCCCGGAACUUCGUGUGAAUGAAAUAGAUGUUUCAUCAGUCACAACAACGAAAGUUGUUCCAACAUCAAUGGUACCUAAAACCACAGCACCGGAUACUACAACUACAACGGCGGUAACUACGACAUCAGCGGUGGAUGUAACAACUACAACACCGGUUACUACGACAACAACACCGGUUACUACGACAACAACACCGGUUACUACGACAACGACGGUGGAUACUACCACUACACCACCGGUUACUACGACAACGACGGUGGAUACUACCACUACAACACCGGUUACUACAACAACUGUUGACAUUACGACUACAACACUAGUUACUACGACAACAACGGUGGAUACUACCACUACACCACCGGUUACUACGACAACAACGGUGGAAACUACCACUACCCCACCGGUUACUACGACAACGACGGUUGAUACUACCGCUACACCACCGGUUACUACAACAGCUGUUGAUAGUACGACUACAUCACCGGGUACUACUACGACAACGCCGGAGGAAACUUCGACUUCAACAUCGGUUGCUUCGUCAACAACGACGGAUACUACGACUUCAACACUGUUAACUACGACAACUGUGGAUUCUUCGAAAUCAAGUAACAAGAAUUCUGGGAUGUCCUUUCCUACACUGAUUGUAAUUGUCACUACUCCAUCAGUACUUUUAGCGGGAAUAGUUGUUAUUUUUCUCAUUAUCAAAUGCAACAGACUGCGACAUCAGGAUGCAAGAGAACAACUAACCUGGAAGGAUUCAUCGAUGGUCGCUGACAAUUUUCACACGACAGAAAACCAACAAGGAAGAAACGAAUAUCCCUACUCGUCACCUUUUUCGAUUACCAACAAUAUGAAGUCAUAUCAAACGCAACUACCACGCAUACAAACCAAUUCUGUCUUGAGGUCAGUUACCCCAACGAUAACGCCAUCGAAUUUCGCAUACCUUGGCGUCGGUGAUAACGGACAUUCUUCUCGGACAUUUUACACAGGAAAACAACAGAACAGGUUCAAUUAAUUAUCAUGUAUGGGUACUAUGUCCAAAAUCGUUGCAACAUUGGUUAGCAAAAUGAUAAGAAUCAAAGGUUUUAAUUUUCUCAAUUUAUUAAGUACAGUGAACUUAAAUUAUUACACCAGAUUAAAGUUGUGAUCACUAUUAAAUGUGCUGAUUAUGUUAAGGUAUUCCAAACAUGAUGCAUUCCAAAAUUGAAAAUGGGACUGCCAUACAUCCUCGGAAUUCAAAACAAUAUUUAAUGAUUUUCUUAUGCUUGUAUGCAUCUCUGUAUACUAUCUUUAAAAGUUUAGCGGUAUUUUCGGAGAGUUUAAUAUUUGAAUUGUUUGUAUAUAUAACCUUUUAACCACUUAACAAUAAUUUGUGAUGAGAGUUCUGUUGAUACCGCAUAAAUGUCUGUAACAAACCUAUGUUAUAACAUGAUGGCCAAGUUAAUUACUUCAGAUAAUGUGCUAGAAGAUGUACCUUACGUACACAUGUUACAUGAAAAUCGGAAUGCUUAUGUUUAAAAGAUACAACAUAUAGAUGAUCUGGAAGGUGUCCAUGGAAAUUUAUUACAACUAUUAAUUAUUUUAAAUUAUUGAUUAAGUUAGAUACUCCAGAACCAUUUCAUCUCAUUGCGCCCUUCAUACAAAAAAGUGUAACAUAAUCGGUGUAAGGCACCUGUAUUGGCUUCCUCUGAUUAUGUCAUAAUCUUUGUAAUUAUUAAUGUUCUACCUGUAUGUAGAUUUAGAGAGGAAGACAUGAACGCAGAUAAAGUACGUCCAAUGGGAAUUUUACUUUUCUUUUACAGAUUUAAACAUUUGUAUAUGUCUACACGUUGAUCAAACACGUGUCUACUCAAAUACGCUACCGAAAUUGGUAAACGGCCAUAACACGUUUUAAACUGUGCUAUAAAGUUGCAAAUGAAUUUGUUUUCAUCUGAGCAUAUAGCAUUUAUUUUAUUCAUCAAAACGUUUAGAGUGCGAAAUGGCUUUGAUGUAACCAAGUCAGAAAACAAGAAAAAAAUUCCUUCGUCGAUAAUAUUAAUUUUUGAAGUUGUACUAUAUACGACAUCACGUGCCUAUUUUACCACGUGACAUAUCACAGGACCAUCAAGUAUGUUGACAAGUACACGAACCGCUCAUGACUCUUUUAAAUAUUGUUAUAUAUAACUAUAUUAAGUAUCUUAAUAUUCCUUGUUUUGUUUACCUGUAUAGCCAGAAACGUGUUUCUAUAUAAUCGAUAGUUCGUAUAAUCUAGACAUUUAAUUAAUCAAGUAGUUUUAUGUUUUUUAGGAAUUUGCAACUAUUUGUAAGGAGAACAGUUAUAUAUUCCGAACAGAUAUAUCUGUUAGUGAAUUCGCGAUUAAGAUCGGGAUUCAUUAUCAGAUAAUCAAACACCUAUUGCGUCACGUGAUAUGUUUACAUUUUUGUCACAACAAAUGACGAUGGAACUGAUAUCACCUGUGUACAAGAGUGUAUUAAGAAACUUAAAUCAUCCUAUGUAUAAUGAUAAAUGUAAAUGUUUCAAUUAAUCAUAUUAUUCUCCGACGAAAGAUACAUUGUAUCUUACACCUUUUAUUUUAAGAUGUUGUGGGUAAUAACAUGUAAUAAUAUUAACAUGUCUCGGAAACUUAUACAACAAUUUAACGUUAAACCAUAGUUCAAAAAUGAUAUAAGUUUUACACUAAUUGUGCGACAGUGUUAUUUCCACAGAUAACUAUCCUUCGGACAAUUUCUUUAGUUGUGUUUUAUGUUUCCCUUUAUUUUUAGAAUAGAUAGAUUCCAUGACUAAGUAUUUAAUUGGUACACAGGAAAUCGAUAUAUAAAUGGUUAUCCUCCAGGAACGCUGUUAUAAAAUGCAUGCAGUUUAAAAAAGGUGAAGCUAAAAUCGGUCACAUAGGUUUAAUUUGUCUUUAAAAAACAUUGUAAGUAAUUGGAAGGUAUUUUAAUUUCCUUUUGAGAGGUUGGUGUUUAUUUCAGAGAGUAAAGUAAAGGACAAUAACAUGAUGUUUAACAAAGAUGGUGUGUUAUUAAUAUGUAAGUAAACAUGUAUCAUAUUUCUGUAUUCCAGAAUAAAUAUU